AUGUUCGCUUGGGCUCCCGCCUCGUCGCCCCCGACCUCGCUCGGGGCGAGCCACCGGGACGAGGAGGUCGUGGAGGUGGAGACCAAGGGCGGCCCCGCCCUCUGCGGGAGCCUCUGCCCCGGCUGGCUGCCGGCGCCCGCGGCCGCCGGGCGCGGUGCGCCGCCCGCGCCGCCCGGGCAGGCCGCGGGCCUCCCGCGGCUGCUGGGCCCGGCGCGGGCGCGGGGGGCCGCCGCCGGCAAGGGUGUGCACCAGCCGGACCAUGACUACCAGGGAGCCUCGAAGGUGCAGCCGCUGCACCUGAGCAGCUGGGAGCAGGAGGGCAGCGAGUGGGGCGCGUCGGAGCAGCACUACCGCCACCACCACGGCUACGGCGACGCGGAGGGCCCGCACCACGAAGGCGAAGCCCCCGCCGGGCUGCUCGGGGGCCUCCUGGGGGACACCCUGGGCUACUGCGGCCUGGGAGGCCGCAGGGCCGGCACGGCCCACCAGCAGUGCUGGCAGGGCCCCGCCGCCACCGAGGCCCCUGCGCCGCAGGCCGUCAGGCUGUCGCCGCGAGACUCGCCGACUUUCGUGCUGCCACGCCGCGCGCCAGCGUCGCGGGGCCCGCCUCCCCCGCUGGCCGCCUCGGCGCAGGAGCGGCGGAGGCCUCAGAGCGGGCAGCCGCCGACGCCCGGCGGCGCCGCUGGCGUUGCGACGUGCCCGACCUGCCACUGGGUGUGCCGCUGCCCUCACUGCAGGCCCGAGCGCAGGGCGCUGCCAGCGAUGCUGCUGAGCGGCCAGCCACCAGUCGACCUGCUCGACGAGAUUCACGCCAGCCUCGGUGAUCUCGGCAGCGGGCGCCUGUCCGAGGAGGAGGUGGAGCGGCUCCUGAUGCGGUGGGCGGAGCUGGUCGGCGCCGGCCGCUGCAUCGAUGUGCUGAGCAGCGAGGCGAGCCUGCGAGCCAUCAUCAAGGCGAUGCGCAGUUGGCCAUUCAACGAGAACAUCCAGACCAGCGGGUGCUGCAUCCUCGGCAGAGUCGCCGCGUACGGGGAGAAGCAGUGCGUGCUCAUCGCAAGCCUGGGCGGCGUCGCCGCCGUCGUGGAGGCGCUGAAGACGCACCCGCACACCGAGGCGGUACAGGAGAAGGCCUGCUGGGCGUUGCGGCAGCUGUCCAUGGAGAGCCAGUGCAGGAGGGAGGUGCUGGUCCACCACGGCUUGGAGGCCAUCGUCGCGGCCUUGCACGGGCACCCCAGCGCCCUCGGGGUCCUCGAGAGCGCUUGCAUGGUGCUCGCGAACCUCGCCGCGGACCCCGAUGCCAGGGUCUGCAUCGCCCAGGUUGGCGGCGUGAAAGCGGUCGUGGGCUCGAUGGCGCCGAACGUAGAGUCGUCUGUCCUCCAGGAGGCUGCGUGCUUCCUUCUGCAUAACAUGGCCUGCACGAGCGAGUACCAGCAGCUCAUCGGUGAGAGCGGCGGCUUCGAAGCGGUGGUCAGGGCCAUGCGCGCCCAUCCCGACCACGCCAGCUUGCAGGAAGGCGGCUGCAGCGUGUUCCACAACGUGGCCAACGGGCCCGUCGAGUGCCUGGAGGCUGUGUCGAACUGCAGCGCCGUGGAGGCCGUGAUCGAGGCCAUGCAGGGCCACCCAGGGCACGCCGGCGUGCAGGAGAAGGCCUGCCACGCGCUGGGCCAGGUGGGCGACGUGCGCCGCCAGGUCGUCGAGCUGGAGGACCGCCGCCUGCACGACAAGAUCGUCGCGCUGGGCGGCGCGGAGGCGCUCCGGAAGGCGACGGAGAACUUCCGGAAGGACGCGGCCGCGACGCACGAGGCGAGGGAGGCGCUGUCCAUCCUCGAGCUCUGA